AUGACGCUGCAAGUCGUGCCACCCCAAUGCGCUCAAGACUCGGCAUCCAACCAAGGCGACUCCGCCGACGACGCCUGCUUCGACGACGCCUCAGACCCCGGUCAGAGCUCGACGUCUUACCAGUGCUCCCUCACCGGCGACUUGGACGAUGAUGACUCAUGGAUAUCGCCCCAAGACAUGGCCCUUCUCAAGGCCUCCAACCCCGAUCUCGGCCUCCAGCCUCGCCAGCAGUCCCGCCUCCGGAGACUGCCCAAGGGCACCAGGCCCCUCAGGCUCAUUGGCGAGGGCGCCGCCAACGCCGUCUUCCAACUCGACGGCGCCGCCGCCGCUUCCGACUUGAACGGCCUGCUACUGAGGGUUGCCAAGGUGCCCUCCCGCAACCACGCGCCCACCUACAACUAUCUCGCCCAGCAAAGGUUCUACCAGACCUCCAUCAAGCCUCGCCUGGGCGAAUAUGCCGUCCAGCAGGAGCUCGUCAUCCUCCACAAGUCGGGCAUCGUCGACAUGCUCAACAGGCUGCUGCAAGACAUCGACUCCACCCGCAAGAAAAAAUUCAGAGGCUCCCUCAUCGGCCAGACCGACUGGGGCUUCCUCGUCCAAGACAUGCGACCACAGGACCCGGCCGAAUGCGUUCUCAUUGAGUUCAAGCCCAAGUGGCUCUCGCAGUCCCCCAGCGCUCCCAAGGCCUCCGUUCGAUGUAGACAGUGCGCCACAGAGCUGCGCAAUCUCAUCAGGGACCCGUCUGGAGAUCGCAUGCUUCCCGAGCACAAGCCCUGCCCAUUGUCCCUCGUCAACAAAGAUGCUCCUGCCCAGGUAAGCUCGCCGUUUCGGAUCGCUCCGCACUUGGCCCGCGACGGCAGAAGCGACCACUUUCGACAGGUCCUUGGGACCAUUGUGAAUCACCCUUCCAUCCGCGACUUGAAGACCCAGCAAGAUCUCCUCGACAAGCUCGGCCCGCUGUACGCUGAGCCGACCGACCCCUUCCUCAUUGCCAUGACGCUGCGCGACUGUACGUGCUUUGCCCAGAUCCACCGUCGCCGGCAAUCCGUCAAGAUCCGCAUGGGUGACUUUGACUGGAAAGACCCGCUAGUCAAGUUCGACAGCUGGCGUCGCGCCGAGCAAGAGCUCAUUGAUGGCGGCUUUUACACAGCCGAACGGAUCCUGUGCAAUGGCUCGUACUACUAUCCGCCGACAUUCUGCGUGUUAGAGUUUUCGCCGGGGUCCCACGGCAGCCAGCCGAACGUGCUCGAUGUCCAGGACAGAGAUGAGGCUACAGUGAAAGUCGGAGACACAAGUGGCGCAGAGGCGGCCGGGGGGGAGGUGCCGUUCAGCCACAAAGCAGACGUGGUCGCCUUGCAGAAGCGCCUGGAUCGCUUCAAGACUACGCCGAUGAGCGACCUGGCUGCGGCCCUUCGUGAGCGUUUGAGCUUGUCUCCGGGGUAG